AUGGGUCGGCUUAAACCCUCCGUCGUCCUUCCACCGCAAUCCUUCCGUAAAGAUGCUCGCGCGAAGCAAGCCAAGGCAAUUAUCAACCGGUCUAUUCCUGCCCUGCUGGCAUCCGACUCCAGAGCACGCAAGGGUGUCGAAAGCACAGAAUUGAUCGUGGACCCUCCUCCGAAUGAGCACCCAUUAAAUCGCCGCGGGUCAAAAGCGGCUCCGGACCCCGAGCACGCUCCUGAAAGGUCUAAUCCGAGGAUCAGUAUUCAUGCAGUGGAUACAAUCACUGCGGCACUUCGUCUCCAUGCAGGAGCUCCGUCCUCUACUGCUAAUGGUGUGGGGAUUUUAAACAUGGCUUCUCCACUUCGACCAGGCGGCGGCGUGCUUAACGGUGCUACGUCUCAGGAGGAGUUUCUCUGCGUGCGCACUACGCUGUACCCUUCAUUGCAAGAGUCGUUUUACCGACUUCCGGAGGUCGGUGGAGUGUGGACUCCGGAUGUCCUUAUUUUCCGAGAUGGGACAUCCGAAGGGAAUAAUUUAGCAAAGGGUGAGAGGAAGCAUGUAGGGGUGGUGAGUGCCGCCAUGCUCAGAUUUCCUGAAGUCGAAGAGGGAGAAAGAAGCUACACACACCCGGAAGAGAGGGAAGUUGUUGAAAAGAAGAUGCGCGCUGUGAUGAGAAUAUUCCAGGCGAAACGCGUUGAUAGAGUGGUCCUGGGGGCUUGGGGGUGCGGCGCGUACGGCAAUCCUGUCGAGGAGAUUGCGAGCGCCUGGAGAAAAGUGUUAUUGAAUGGAUCGGGCAGGGAUACAAAGGAGAAAGAAACAUGGGAUGGAAUUGAACAGGUUGUUUUCGCAGUUAAUGAUAUCAAUAUAGGCAGGAAGUUUGCUAAACAUUUCGGCGAGGAACUUGUUGUGGAGAAGGUCGUUGACGAGGAGGUUGAUCACCGGACGAUAGACCAGAAUGAGCAAGCCAUCAAGGAGCUUAAGAGCAGGAUUGAAGGUCUGGAAGCUCAAAUCCCAGAAGCGAGAACGGAAUUGUUGCGGCAUCGUCUGCAGGAAAUCCUGAAAGGGUUGAAGCUUCAGCUGGCCGGCAGGAUGAUGGCGUCUGGUUACGGGGAGCAGGGUCAACCAGGGACCAGCCACCAGGGAGCCGCUGACAGUAAAUAUGAAGUUGAGAGAGAGGAUACAGAGCAGAUUGAGACCCGUUUAUAA